UUUUUAAAAAGUAAACUCUGACCAAACUCUACUGUAGGGUAUAUGAGAGGGCAGAUCUAACCUUUCAGCAAACAAAAAGUAAAUGUUAGUUGGAAAAAAUACCAUGGACACAUUAAUAAUUAACAGCAAUGUACGAGGGUAAUCCUAAAAGCACUGUGGCAGUUUUUGUAUGCCCAUGUCAUACCAGCUCACCGCCAUGUUGUGUUAAACUGAUUGAAAUUCAUUGCCAAUUGAUGGAAGUGUAUAGUGAGUCAUGCAUAGAUGUCAAAAACAUCCUAAAAUGGUGUAGGGAAUUUGCAGCUGAUCACACUGAAAUUCACAAUGAAGAAAGAAGCAGGAGACCAUCAAUUUCUGAUGAGACAGUCACAAAGGUUGAGCAAACCAUGCAUGAAGAUUGGUGGAUCACUCUGGAUGAUCUCUGCAUUUUGUUUCUUGGGGUUUCUGAAGCACCAUUUAUAGGAUUUUAACAGAAAAGUUGCAAUAUUGGAAGGUGUGUGCAAGAUGGGUCCUGAGACAUGGCGGUGAGCUGGUAUGACAUGGGCAUACAAAAACUG